AUGAGUACUCACACUACCUCCGCAAAUACCAAACAAAAACCAACUUUUACUGAAAUUGGCAAAGCCGAUCAUCCUAGAGAAACAAAAGGUGGAGAACAAUGUCAACUCUAUAUUUUCGCCGUUUGUUCUUUGCUUGUCAAUUUUAUACUGCUCGACGAAAGCCUCACGGGUGGCCCUAUCUUGUCAACUGCUAACGGAAUUUGGAGCGAUUUGCCUCCGCAUCCCAAUUACCCUAACCUUUUGGAAAGUGUUUACAAAGCUCAAUUUCAUCUAGCCGAUUUCGUCAACAAGGCCGACGAGGUGACUCGAGAAGUGAACGAAUGGGUUGGAAAAGAAACAGAAGGACUUGUAAAUAACAUUCUUCCGCAUGGCGUUGUUAAUAAAUACACAAGGUUGAUUCUCGCAAACGCUCUCUAUUUCAACGGGGUAUGGGAAAACAAGUUCAAUGCCUCGUUGACAACAGAGCGCGACUUUUACCUUUUAAAUGGCGAGACAAUCAAAGCCGAGUUCAUGACCAGCAAGGAUGAUCAACGUAUAAGUGAAUAUGACGGUUUCAAGGUGUUGCGCCUUGAAUACAGAAACGGAAAUGAUUGGGAUAGAUUCUUCUCCAUGAACAAAUAUCUCCCCAAUGCCGUAGAUGGGUUGUCAGGUUUGGUGAACAAAAUUAGCUCCGAUCCUGAAUUCCCAGAGCGUCACAAGGCCCGUUCACCGGUUCGGGUUGACUGUUUGCUUAUUCCAAAGUUCAACAUCUCAUUUGGAUUUGAGGCUUCAGAGAUUUUAAAGGAUACGGGCUUGGUUUUCCCUCCUCCCGAGCCCAGAUUUUUCCACAAAUCCUUUAUUGAAGUGAAUGAAGAAGGAACAGAAGCUGCUGGUGCAACUGUUGCUGUGGAUGAUUAUGAAGACGAUGGUCCUCCACCUAGGCCAAAGAAGAUAGUAAACUUUGUUGCCGAUCAUCCAUUCAUUUUCUUCAUCAAAGAAGAAGUGAGUGGCGUGGUUCUAUUCAUGGGUAUCGUACUUAAUCCUAUUAUUUUUUGA